AACAAGGGCGACGCGGCGAGCGGCCGGGGCGCACCGCCGCCGACCGCCCGCCGCCGCGCCCGCCCAAGCCGCUGCGCCUGCGCCACAUGUCCGACGCCGCGGCGCUCGUCAGCAGCCAGGGCGGCCUGCUGGUGCCCGUGCACCGCAGGACGGCGCAGCUGCCGCUCUACGAGGACGUGUUCGGCCUCGCCGCCCUCACGGAGAACGUCAUGCUGCUCACGGAGGCCAUCAACCCGGUGCUGGUGCACGCGACGCGGCCGCACGACGGCGCGGGCGCGGCGGGCGGCGCCCCCUCCACGGCGCCCAGGGUCGUCGACGUGAUCCGCAAGACGCUGCAGGGGCCGACGUGGGACGGCCGCACCGCCGUGCUCCCGCGUCCCAGACCCGCCCUCCGCACGCACAGCCUGUCCCUCCCGCGCCCCUCCGUCACGUCCACGGGCCGCCCGCACGCCUCUAGAGGGUCGCGGUCGCCCUCGCCCGUCCGCCGGGAGGAGCAGAGGCAGCAGACGGAGAAGCAGACGUCGGCCUCGUCCACCGCCGCCUACCUGGCCUCGCUCGAGCUCCUGGCGUCCCACUACAGGCACCAGGCGCUCGCCAACGCCAAGCAAUUACAGCUGCAGCAACGACUGCUCAUGCAAACAACAACAACAACAACAACAACAACAAACACAACAGCAACAGCAACAGCAACAACCUCAGCAACAGGAACAACAAGAAGCGAAGUUAAAAGAGGAGACGGAGGAAGUGACCGAGGCGAGUCCACCCGCAGAGGCGAUUCCGAACGCUGCUUCGAACGGCCAGACUGCGAGUGAAUCCCGGUCUCCCAUUGAACAGGAGAGCGAGUGUUGACCUGCAGUGGAAUCCUGCGAGUGAAUCCCGGUCUCCCAUUGAACAGGAGAGCGAGUGUUGACCUGCAGUGGAAUCCUGCGUGUGAAUCCCGGUCUCCCAUUGAACAGGAGAGCGAGUGUUGACCUGCAGUGGAAUCCUGCGUGUGGACUUCCUUCUAAUGUUUGGGUUUCUUGAGAGUAAGGAUGGCGAGUUCUCGGAUGAGGUGGCGGUUGGGUGCUGGCGACGGAAGGACGGUGGUGAUUGCAACGAAAGGAUGUUAGUGUUUGGGGCUUUGCAACGAGGAAAUGUUAGGGGGUGAAGUCUGCAACCGAAGGAUUAUAUUUGCAACGAAAGAUUAUUAGUGUUUGAAGCUUUUACAAUGAAGCAAUAUUUGUGGGUGACGUCUGUAACAGAAGGUUUAUGGUGUUUGCAACGAAAGGUUAUCAGUGUUUGGGCCUUUGCAACGAAGAAAUAUUAGUGGGUGAAGUCUACAACGAAAGGAUAUGAGGUGUUAACGAUUUGCAACGAAAAGAUACCAGUGUGUGGAGUUUGCAACGAAAACAUGUUUGGAAAGCGGUAAUUUUCUAUUGUGAGAAAGAGAGAGAGAAAAAAAUAUAUAUAAAGAUUAAGAGAUGCCGUCGGUUUGUAUGAGAACACAAAACAAAAGCAUUUUCUUGCAUGUACAUAUAUAUAUACACACAUGCUUUUAAAGACACGUCUCUGUGCUAAAGUUACUAAAACUGUCAAUGUGGAAGAACAAAGCGAAGUUGCUUCCACAUAAGACAGAGUUAUAUGUACAAAAAAUCCCAAAGGAAAUUGUGUGUCUCUUUUUUCGAUUUUUAUUAUACCUGAGGAACAUUACUUGAUAUUACUGAACAGCAAAAGAAGCGCAUGUACAUAUUUUAGAUUACGAUGACCUGUCAACAAUACAUACUACAAAUAUAUCAAUAUUGUUGCUCCAGACAUGAAUGCAAUUGGAUCAUUUACUGAAAUUCGGCGUUUUUGUGUUAUAGGAUCAAUGGCUUAAAGAUUCUAUUAAUAUGAAUAAAUAAACGGAUCAUUUAAUAAC